CAAGGUCCUGCAGCUGCGGCACGGAGCUUUCUGGGAGUCGGCGGCGUCCAGCCCUGUGUCCCCACCCUCACACCUGGCAGAUUCUCUGGGGCCACAAUCACUGAUUCGAUCCCCUACCUGCCAUCUCUUCAAAGCGAAUGGAUGACAAUCGCCACAAUUUACAGCGGCUCUUCGCUCUGAAAAGCCCUUGGUGGAGGAGAGAGGCAACUCAAGUGGAGGAAGGCAGGACAGGACCUCUUCCCGUCGUCUCACCUUCCCGGCACCUUCUGAUAAGGGAUAUUGGGAGAGUGGUGGGUGACGGCAAAAAAAAAAGUUUUUUCCUCUAGGACCACAAAUUUUCGGGUAUGGCUGCAUUGCCGGAGGCAUUUUCCCGGACCCAGCUGGCGAUCGACUUCCUGCUCCGGCUUCUCUGUCUUCGGAGUUUUGGGCUCCGCGGCUUCCGCCCGAAGUUGCUCCAGGAUCGUGCAGCUAACAGCUACUUCCGCCAGGAGUCCCUAGACUGGGCCUUAGAAGCGGGUUCUAAAGCGGCCUCGUCCUCCUCUUAGCCUGUCCGCCAGAGGCCGGGUCCCCUAGGGGCCGGCGGCAGCUGCUAGCCCUGUCGCGGGGCGUUCUCUGUGGUCGAGUCCUGAGCCUGGGGUUACGAGAAGUGCGGGAGAGACGCCCGGGCCUGCCCAGCCCCAGCCUCGGUCUUCCCGCGGUCAUUUGACGGUGGCCGCAGACCUCGCCGCGCCCGCCCCACCCUGGGGCGGGGCCCGACCUCCCCUCCCCGAUCCCCGCCCCUCCGGCCAGCCCAGGGCCGGGUCAUUCUGCUAUUCAUCCCUGCGGCGGUGUAACCACCUUGCGCCUCAGGACUCGGCAGUCCACUGGCUCCGGCCGCUGGACGAAGAUGGAGUUUGCGGAGCUGAUUAAGACCCCACGGGUGGACAAUGUGGUGCUGCACCGGCCUUUCUAUUCGGCCGUUGAGGGAACCCUGUGUCUGACGGGCCACCACCUGAUCCUGUCCUCCCGGCAGGACAAUACAGAGGAGCUGUGGCUCCUCCAUUCAAACAUCGACGCCAUCGACAAGCGAUUUGUGGGAUCACUGGGUACCAUCAUCAUAAAAUGUAAAGAUUUUCGAAUUAUUCAGUUGGAUAUUCCUGGAAUGGAGGAAUGUUUGAAUAUAGCCAGUUCCAUUGAGGCAUUAUCUACCCUGGACUCCAUCACUUUGAUGUACCCUUUCUUUUACCGGCCCAUGUUUGAAGUGAUAGAAGAUGGCUGGCAUUCCUUCCUUCCCGAGGAAGAGUUUAAACUCUACUCUUCAGCUACCACUGAAUGGAGGCUAAGCUAUGUCAAUAAGGAAUUUGCUGUCUGCCCCUCUUACCCACCAAUUGUCAUAGUGCCCCAAUCCAUUGAUGAUGAAGCUCUUCGGAAGGUAGCUACAUUUCGACAUGGAGGACGCUUCCCAGUACUAAGCUAUUAUCAUAAGAAAAAUGGAAUGGUAAUUAUGCGAAGUGGUCAGCCACUCACUGGCACAAAUGGUAGACGGUGCAAAGAAGAUGAGAAGCUGAUAAAUGCUACCCUUCGGGCAGGAAAACGUGGCUACAUCAUUGACACCCGAUCUCUAAAUGUGGCUCAGCAAGCUAGAGCCAAAGGAGGUGGCUUCGAACAAGAAGCUCAUUAUCCCCAGUGGAGGCGAAUUCAUAAGUCUAUUGAGAGGUAUCACAUUCUUCAGGAAAGCUUAAUCAAACUCGUGGAAGCUUGUAAUGACCAAACGCAUAACAUGGACCGAUGGCUCAGUAAAUUGGAGGCGUCCAAUUGGCUGACUCAUAUCAAAGAGAUUCUGACAACUGCCUGUUUAGCAGCUCAGUGCAUUGACAGGGAAGGAGCAUCAAUUUUGAUUCAUGGAACAGAAGGAACUGAUUCCACACUUCAGGUUACCUCCCUGGCCCAGAUCAUCUUGGAACCGAGAAGCAGGACCAUCCGUGGAUUUGAGGCGCUGAUAGAAAGAGAGUGGCUACAGGCUGGUCACCCAUUCCAACAGCGCUGUGCACAAUCAGCCUAUUGUAAUAGUAAGCAGAAAUGGGAAUCGCCUGUAUUUCUUCUCUUCUUGGACUGUGUAUGGCAGAUACUUCGUCAGUUCCCUUGUUCUUUUGAAUUUAAUGAGCAUUUCCUCAUCAUGCUGUUUGAGCAUGCCUAUGCCUCACAGUUUGGGACAUUCCUGGGCAACAAUGAAAGUGAAAGAUGUAAAUUGAAGCUGCAGCAGAAGACAAUGUCUCUGUGGUCCUGGGUCAAUCGAUCCAGUGAACUGAGUAAAUUCACUAAUCCUCUCUUUGAAGCCAACAAUCUAGUCAUCUGGCCUUCUGUUGCACCACAGAGUCUUCAGCUAUGGGAAGGUGUUUUCCUACGUUGGAACAGAUCCUCCAAGUAUUUGGAUGAAGCUUAUGAAGAAAUGGUUAACAUUAUUGAAUAUAACAAGGAAUUACAAGCAAAAGUAAAUAUCCUCAGAAGGCAGUUGGCAGAACUGGAAACAGAGGAUGGGAUACAGGAGAGUCCCUAAAAGAUCUCCCCUACACCCUUAAGCCUUCCCAGACCUGUACUCCACCUCUCUCUCCUUUUGCCCUUCAGUUCACUUUUACACAGUAGCCUUGAACUUAAGGCUUAAGAUAUAGGAACGCUUUAAUGUAAUUGAUUUCUCAAUAUUUUAUUAAUGAAACUUAACUAUAAUUACUCAUGUUUCAUGUGGUCUGGUAGGCCCCUUCACUUUGAGAGGAAGAAGGAGGUGCUAGUCAUUUUAUUUUAUGUGAAAUAAGUGACCUAUUUAAUACCAGUUGUGUUAUACACCAUUUUUCAUAAGCUUUUCUCUCUGUACACUUUUUCAAAGAGGGCUCCAAAAAAAGUUAAGGAUAUGGUUAAUCUUUUUAGGAAAUACAUGUUGGUUUAAAAAAAGAUCAGACUAUAAAACACUUGGUAUAAUUAUUUUUCAGAACUGAAAUGGCUGAGAAACCAAGGAAUUUUGCGUUUACUAUGCCGUUUCCAAUAUUAUCUUUGCCUCAUAAAAUAUCCAUUCUCUUUAAAAUGGUUUUGGAAUAACAAAGCUGAAUUCAUUCUCUUUCUGGUUUGUCAAGAAAGGAAAAUCUGAAUGCAUAUUCUAGGCAAAUUAUUUUUGCAAGGGCAACAGGUAUAGUUUGCUGAUAGUUACAUUAAGAAUUAAAAAUUUAUUUUAAUAGUAGACACUAAAAGUAAGUGCAAUAUAGAAUUAAAGUAGGAAUUUAUUAUUGAUAUGGUAUUGUUACUAUUGAUUGGUUUUUCAGGUUUUUAACCAUACACAUUAAAUGUGUACCAAAUGCUGGUUGUAAAAUUAAACCAUUAUUUAGAAUAGAUGUGGAUUUGUUAUAAUUAAGUUCCAUAAUAUGGUGUCUUAAACCAGAGAUGCACUGCCCUUGUCUCAAGUUCUUAUUGCACUGGUUUAUGUUUGUGUGUGUGUUUAUUGUGUUUUAUUUUUAAGUAUUCUAAGAGUUUACUCAUACUAAGGUUAAAACUUUCAUGUGGGCUUGAGCCUUUUGCAAAUGUAUCUUGACUGCUAAUUUGUCAAUUAUGUGUUAGGCAAAUAAAACUUAAGGGGAGGAGGAAGUUUAUGAAUGUGAUGCAGCUCUAUCUAUGUUUCAAACUUCAGAAACAGAUGUGAAAUGGUUCAAUGUUAGAGAAACAGUAAUAGCUAUAUUUAUGCUAUGCCAGUUUGUUUAUGCCUACAACUCUAAAAGCUCAUGGUUCAGUAUUUUGCAUCUAGGUUUCCAUUUUGUGGCACUGCUCAUUUUAACAAAUACUGUUUUCCUUUAUAAGGAUAAUUAAUAUUAAUCUUUAAUACCAUUUCCACACCAUCUACGUAUAUAACCAUUUCAGUGUAAAAUACACCAAAACUGAACCUUGCUUUAGAGCUAUAUCAAGGUAAAAAUAUAAUUUCUAAAUGUCAAUUCUACAAAUUAUGGCCACAUUCAGAAGCUUUUGAAAAUGGCACAUACACUUUCCAUCUCCAGUUGCCCAAGCUUCAUCUUCUUCUGCCUCCUUAGACUUGUAACAAAAAGCUGGACAGCAAUCCAUAGUCAAAACUCUCUUUUGGUAAAUUUGCCUGCCUUCUUCUCAGAAGUUCAGUUUUAUUCUUGACUUAUUUUCUUGGCUAUAGUUAUGAACUUUGGGCAUUUAAAAUCCUCAUUAAAAGGCUAAGACAAGGAUCAUAAGUGAUGAUCUAUCUUUUUAUAGAUCUGUCUGUGUUGAGUGAAACACCUAUAUUAGUUAUUUGAAAGAGGCAAUACCCUAGCUUUUUUAAUGCUCCUUCAGAAUUGCUUGCUGCAUCUGUUCACACAGAUGACAUUUUUGUAUUCUCCUAGUUUUUUCUCAAGACCAGAUAUGAGGAAGGAGUCUUUCUUCUCAGUUAAUGGAAUCAAAAGGAAAUCCAUGUAGAGAUUUUAAGUGAUUCUUUAGAAGUGACUUUCAUCUAAUAUGUUGAUUGGACAUAGGGUUUCCAUGGCUAGAAACUUUGGAGGGAAUUUUUGUUAAUCUUGGUCAUGGAAAAAUUGUAUGUCAUCAAGUUAUACCUGUAUUCUUGAUGAACACUGAGCCAGAGUCCAAUAGUAGUGUAAUACUUCAAUUUCAUUUUCUUUCUCAUUGAGGCAGAUCUCUUAAGCUCUUUUGGCAAGUUUGCAUUUUAGUGUUAAUUUAUAGUUAAGGAUUGUCCAAAUCUCAGAUCUGUUUACAGGUAGUAGAAACCAACUUUGGUAUCAAUGCAUUUACAAAGGGGCACUUAAUACAAAUAUUACAGCUCUCCCAAACUUGAGAACCCUGUCAAAAACAAAAGCAUCAUCAAUAUAAUUUGGGAGAGGGUUUUUAGCAAUUCUAUUAAGUUACCUCUCCCUUGGAUGUGGAGAAUAAAUAAAAUGAAUAAACUAAUGAGAAGGUAAUUGUUAAACAGUAACAUUAUAUAUUUAUAACAUUCUUAUAAAUAAAGAACUUCACUGAAGAGAAUGGUGGCAGAAUUAAUGAGAAAGCAAAUAGGAGCCAAUAGUAGUAAAGUGAGAUAUAAUCAAGUCCAUGUAUGUUAGGCAUCAUGGUAGGCAUCUUCUGUAUUCAUUUAUAUUGAAGGCUAGUUUAUAUUUUGGGGAUGUAAAGCCUAGGCCCCACAAAGAAUAUUUUAAAAAAUAAAAGAUUGCUACAAUCCUCGUAUCAGAAACAUAAGGAUCCUUGGGUUUAAAUUAAAGGCCAAGUUCUUAUUCCUGUUCUGAUUUUACAUACCUCCCUCCACUACCCUAUUCAAGUCAAGAGACUGUGCCUUUCUGCUUCCUUGCCUUUCAUGUCCCAGAUUCCUAAAUCUUACCAAAAUGUAUUUCUCUUUGCCAAGAGAAAGAAGUUUCUGUUGACUUUUGAGUCCUUGGUUGCCAUUUUAAUUAAUAAAUACUUUUUUUUUUUUUUUAAAUCAGAAGAACCUAGUUGGUUGGUUGCAUUAAAAAGCUGAACUUUUUUUGUGUGGAAAUACUUUUCAGUAAUUAUUUGUACAGUCAAAAUUUGACAUGUUGAUAUUAAUAAAUGGGAAGAAAAUAAGCAGAAAUUGAAAACUCUUAAUAGCAAAUUUAAGCAGUCUAUAAACUUAUUUUAUUUCUAAGAAAAAUUGAGUCUUUGAAGCAAGAUUUUAAAAUGAUUUUGGGGAAAACUUUGGGAGACAAUUGACAUUCAUUUAAGAUCCCACAUGGGGGAUUUUAAAACUUGUCCUUUAACUCUGAGGCCUGAUUUAUAGAGGUGGGAUUUCAGUAUUUUUCAUUUUAAAGGAUAAAAUUCAGUGGGAUAUUAAUCUUUGAUUAGAUCAGUAUGGUUGAUUUAUGUUAAUUUAACAACUCUAUAUCAUGGAGAAUUAUUUGAUCAGUAGUUUAGUCUCUUAAAGUGAAAAAUUGGGGGAACAUUUGCAUUUUUUAAUCUGCUUAAAGACACAAAUAUUUUAAUUAUUUGGUUUCAGAAACAGCUAUUUUAAUUUUUCAGUCUUACGGAGGUCAUCAAGUUAGCUUAUUAUCAGACCUAAACCUGAGGCAAAAGUUUUGGUAUUUGCCCACUGAGCCCUUCUAGAUUUAAUGAAUGAGAACUAGGUGAGGGUAUUAUGAGCAUUCUUUAUCAGAAAAGUAUCUCCUAGACAAAAGUGGGCAAUAUUUAGAGUAGGUGAUUCCCUGUUUUGGAAACUUUGAAAUUUACCAGAGAAUGAAGUCAUUCAGGAUAUGUGAUGCAUGUUUAUGCUAUACCUCAACACAAAAUAGGUUAUUUCUUAUUCUAUAAAAAGGGUCAGAUCUCCCCCCCCCCACCAGAGCUAGUAUCCUAAUUAGCCAGCUUAACAGAAAACAUUAAAAACUGACUUCUCCAUUAAUAUUUAUUUUGAGAUGAUAUGAAAUGCUAAUUUUUUAUAUUAUCAGUUUUCUAAUUUUUGUUUUCUUUAAUAAAACUACUCCUUCUACCUUCACACAUUCUUUAUUAUCCAGUGUCCACAGCAUCUUUUUCCUUUAAACCAAUAGCCCAGAAGAGAUCCUCUGAAACUCUAGGACUAGAUUUUUAAAAGUUUGACUUACCUGAAUUCCCUUUUAAGAAACCUAAAGGGCUGCCUCUUAAACUGCACUGCAGAAUUGUAGUUCCCACUUAAUUUAGUGGAAGAAAAUGAGGAUCACUGUAGACACUACAUUAUCCUGUAAAGUAAUCCCUGAUGACAGUUUACUGAUUUUUAGAGCCAUUCUGUUUAACCAUCUGCAAGUCGAAGGAUUAACUGUAUUUGUGAUUUGUAAUAAAAUUGAGCUGUGUAACACUGCCUUGUGUCUGUCUGGAAAAGACAUUUGCUUCACUUUUAAAAUGCACAUAUGUUUGGAGAGGUGGAUUAUUCUACAGAAAUACACCCUAAAUCCCGUACCAUCUACACUAAACAUGUUGUACUUGCACAACUUAGUUUAAAAAUAUAUAUGUAUUUCUUCAAUAGCCAGGUAUUUGGACUGUACUCUUGAUAUAUUUGAAUGUGACUCUUGGAUUUAAGUGCACUAUUAUUCAUGUCUUACACAAUAAAAUUGCACUGUAUGGCAAAUUUGUCUAUAAUGUAUGCUUUGCUGGAACCUCAGAGUGCUGUAAUAUACAGGUUUUUAUACUGUGAACCUGUAUAUAUAUAUAUAGUCCUAAGGAAAAAUUCUGAACUUUUGUAAGGCUGUCUAACAUUUUAAUAUUAUUUGUAAUGUUCACUACUUGAUAAGUUCACUUACAUCCUACAACUGGAAUCAUUCACCUUGAGUUGACUGCUUUGUCAUCCUUGGUCUUAUCAAAUCAAGAAACUGUCUUGUCAAACAUGGUACUGUUAUCUUAGUGUAUAAUAUGUGUGUAUGCUGUUCUCCCUCUGCCUCAGAGGACUGUUGCACAGAUGCUAGUGUUAAAUUUCUAUAGACUGGUAAUAAAAUUUGAAUAUAUUCAAA